UGUAUGAUAUAGGUUGGUGAUGAAAUUUGUUUAAUUCAUAUGAGCAGAAGUUUAUUAACCAAAUGGAAGACCUUAUGAACGAUGUGAGGUCCAGCUUUAUGCUGAGGUUAUUAGUCUGACGUGUUUUCAUGUUUCACAUCUGUCACGCUUUCUCACAUCUUGUAGGUUACUUUAAGGCUUUCUGGGUUGGUUACUCACCUUCCUGUCUAAACAGAUACUCUGUCAGAGUGAAGCAGAAGUUGGAUGCCAUAAAUGAUGACAUGAAGCAGAGUUGGAGUAUUUUAUGUUAUCAUCAACUUGUAAGUCUAUGAAUACAAAUCAUACUAUUGCUCCUCAUUCAUGACUCUUGAGCUAAAACUGAACAACAUCUCAUCAUGACUGUGUCAACACUGUGUUUGGAUUUGGUAUGUAUACUAUUUAUAGCUUCCCAAUGCCAAUGCCAAAGUAAAAUUCCACCCUUGAAAAAUGGAAGUUGUUCAGCAGGAUAUUACAAAUUACAACAUAACUGUGUGAUGUGUGGGAACAAUUCUUACACUGCCUUACCAAAUAAUCUAAAAUAUUGUUUAAGAUGUACGCCAUGUGAUUGGGAUGGUGGGCUUUCAUCCAAAUAUAAGACUCCUGGUUUUACAGCUCAUGAAGUAGAGGAUAUCACCAAAACCUGUACACCAACACAGGACAGAGUCUGCGUUUGUAAAGCUGGGUUUUACAAGAAUAAUGGUGACUGUAAACCCUGUCCCAUUAAUGGUUUGAACUGUAAAGAGAAUUGUACCCAACAAACGACUAUUAAAACGACUAUUAAAACCACAACAGUAGUUUGUGGGAUUGGCAAUUUCUCGGAUGGUGGACAGUGCCAAAGCUGUGUUGAGUCUAAGUGCAAGAAAAAGUCCUGUAAAUCUUUUUGUAGUCCUACCACAGUUGAAACAAAAGGAUAUUCUGACCCGCUGUUGCUGGUGUUACUGAUCAUUGUGACCUUAUUGGGUGGUCUUCUCUGUCUUCUUCUCAUCUGGUUCUGCAGACGGAGAUGGCUUUGCCGCCAAGCCAAAAUCUGGCAUGUUGGCAAACAUCCAAAAUUUCAGAUUCAACCAGAUCAACCUAAUGAUGUAAUCAGCAUUCCCAGAGCAAUGGAAAGGAAUGGAACCUCUAUCAAAACUUUACCAGUGACCAGCUACCCACACAACGUCCUCAGUGGAGAUUUACAGAGCAUCAUGGCCCCCCUGAUAGCAAACGGAAACCCAAAAUUGAUGCAGGUGUUGCAGAAGGAGUCCUGGCCAGCACCAGUGCUGUACACUGUCAUAAGAGAGACGUUGAGGAGACUACCCUUACAAAUGAAUCAGGAAUUUAGUACAACUAGUAUAUGCUGUUAUAGAUACUAG